AUGUAUGUUACUGGCUGGAACACCAGAAUAAUAGAAAAAGAGGCAAGAGAGAAGUAUGGCAAAAUACUGGAACACAAACGUGCAGAGUUGAAGCUCCGGAGUGCAACACGAUCUCCAAUUUCAGGUCUUAUUGAAAAUGCUGUGGUUGAAAAGUACGGAAGUACCCCAUCUAUGUAUCAGUUUACAACACAGGAACAAAUGAUUCAUGAGGCCAGCAAGUCUUUAAACGUACUUUAUGUUUACAAUGGCACAUAUGAGCCAUACCUCAUCCAUUGGCUUUUCCCACUCCAGGUUGCAUUCCGGCAAACAUCACCUACAGCAGAGCAUCCUUAUGAAUUAUUCAUGUAUCUACAUCUUCUGAUUAAAAACCUAUUCCCUUCAUGGCUGGAAAUAUUUGCAAUGGCUGAACGGGUUAUGGACACACUGCAAACUGAGGAUAUAGAACUGUUUACUCACCUUCAACGCAGUUUUCAAAGAGAUGUAACUUUCAACUCAAAAGAUUUUUUGGCAGACUUAAUAGCUCAUGAAAGGGAAGAAGCUAUGAAACGUUAUGCAGCUGGACACAAACUGGACAACAAAGACAAUCAAGGAGAGCUUUUGGCAAAUCCAGUCCUCAUACUCAGAAAAUGGAUGGGUGAGGGUUUUGUAAAUUUCCUGGAUCUACCAGCAGUGUUGCUUAUUUGGGAUCAGCUAUUCAUGCAGGACUGGAAUCGGAAAGUGAUGGAAGACUUCUGCCUAGCAUUACUUAUGUUACUGAGAGACUCAAUCUUGACUGCUAACAAUUAUCCUGCAAUCAGACAGGUAUUGUUGAAUGAUGGAUAUCACUUAUUUACAGCUGACAUACAGCGAGCUUGGGUCCACUUACAACAAGGAGGACUGCUUGUAGAUAUUCCUAGAAUGAAUCGAUUAAAUAUUAGACCUCUGAGGUAUGGACUUCAGUAUCACCUCCCAGGGUCCCAAGUGACCAAAGAGAAGAAGGCCAACGUGAGCAGUCUACAACUCUCAGUGGAUAUAAUCAUAGCUAUGUGGCAAAGGUGA